AUGAUGGAAGAAAAUCAAAAACCAGUGAGUAAUUGUUAUGCAGAAAAUUACUUUGGUAAUUUAAAGACACAUAUAUUGGGUGGUCAAAAAAAUUUGAAGUGUUCUCGAUAUCUCAGAAAGAGCAGAGAAUAUGUCAAAGCUUUAUUUAAAGAAUACAAUUUGAAUAUACCAAAGAGGAAACUCACCAAGCAAAGAAAAAGAGAAUACCCUGACGAUGAAUUUUCAUCUCAAGAAACAUGGAACAAAAAAACGAAAACCACUGACACACAUUUCACCGGGAAGUAUUUGAAGAUGAUUGCACCAUUAUCAAAUGUAGAAAACAAAAAUCAAUUAUCACAUGCAGAGAACAAAAAUUCACAACAGGAUAUUGUCAUUGUACAUGAUGAUAUGGACGAAACAGUUCUAGAAAAAUGUAUGUAUUGUGGAUUUGGCAGACUGAAUGUAACUGCGGAAUGGGUGAAAUGUGACGGAUGUGGUGGUUGGGUGCACAAAAAUUGCGAUCAAUCAUUACAAGAUUAUGGUGAAACUUAUUUUUGCGAAGCUUGUGUUACAAACAAAAUAUACACUUUGGACUCAAAACCGGAUUUGCGAGAGAAAUGUGAAAAUGCCAUAAAACAGCUCCAUGAAGAUAACGACCAUAGAGAUGACAUCGAGCAGGAAACAAGGAGCCAAAGACAAUUACCCCAGUGGUUUUUGGAACGAAGAAAGAGAGUGAUUGCUUUCAAUUUCAGGAUAAUAAUGGAGGCAAGAUCAAGUGAUAGGAAAAUAAUUAUGGCUAAGACCAUUAUAUCACAAAAAAGAAUUUGCACCGAUGCAAUAAAACAUGGAAUCGAUAAUGAAGAAAGGGCAAUCCAGAAAUAUCUAAUGGAGAAUAAACAUAUUUACACGAAAUGUGGUCUCGUAGUCCACAACCAAUAUCCAUACUUAGCAGGAUCUCCGGAUGGACUCUUAGAUAGGGAUGGCAUAAUUGAAGUCAAAUGCCCUCAUAAAAUAAGGAACGAAAUUCCAACUUAUUCCAACAUGGAUUAUUUCGAUGAAGAUAUACUUAUGAGAUAUACUCAUGAUGUUCAUUAUCAAGUUCAAGGACUACUAGAGAUAGUGAAUAGACCAUGGUGUAUAUUGGUAAUCUACACAUACCAGGGUCUGUUCAUUCAUAAGAUUGAGAGGAAUCGUGAGAUAUUCAAAUCGAUGUUGAAUAGGUUGAAUGAAUUUUAUUAUUAUUAUUACCUUCCCACUCUCAUUGAGUACGAUGUGAAAAAUGAGAUAGAAAGAAAAUGGAGACCCUUUUACAUGAAAUUACAUUUUUAGAAAACGGAUUGGUCGAUGAUAUUUUUUAUUAUCGCAAAAAAAUAGGUGAUAGGGAUUAUACUGUUGCUAUUUUCGAGCGCUUGAACUAUUAUUUGAAUGAUUUGAAAGCAUCUGAUUAUGAAUCUUUAUCUUCUUCGGAUAGGGAUGGCUGGUUAACUAAUUUUGUUGUCGACAUUAUUAUGUUAUUAUUCAAUCAUGGCGAUCGAUAUCAAAUCAUUCCCGAACAAUUGGGGUCAGCAAUAUUUAGUGAUGAGGCUCAUAUCAAAUCUGACUACUUCCUAGAGAAAAUGAAGUUCCAUAAAGACUACAUUGCAAUGCCCAUUUUGAUCACCAAUAUGUCUGAUUAUCAUUGAUUUUCAAAAUAAAACCUUCAGUUAUUU